AAGAAGACUGAACCCGGAAGACAGAGCAAGAUGGCGGAGCGCAGAAACAGCAGCGAUGGAAGAGAACAGACCAACACAGACGCAGAACCGCCUAAACUAUCGGACCUGCUGGACCGUGGCUGGAAGAUAUUCGAGGAGGUGGACAGCACGGACGAGCCGCUCGGCUCCAGCAGCGUCCAGCUGAGGGUUCGACGCGGUGUCGGGGCUUUAGAAGAAGCGUCCAGGAUGGUGGCUCAGCUCGACCUGUUCAGCCGCAACGAGGAGUUGGAGGAGGUGGCCACGGCCGACCUGCGGUACCUGCUGCUGCCCGCCCUGCUCGGAGCACUGAGUAUGAAGCAGACCGGCCGCGACAAGCGGCUGGAGGUGGUGCAGGCGGCCCGGGACCACUUCAUGGACUUCCUGAGGAGGUGUAAGGAGUACAACGUCUCUCAAUUCGACCUGCCCAGCUCCACCGACACGAGUCCGGACGAGGCGACACAGAACCGAAGUUCCGGAGGCAAGUCUGGCCCCUGCUCAUCAGACCUGGUUACCAUGGCAGCACAGAGACAAGCUAAGAUUGAGCGGUAUCGGCAGAAGAAGCUGCUGGAGGCCCAGCUGGCCGACAUGCGCAGAGCUGUGGACAGUGGACAGGCUGACGAUGAAGUCAGCAGAGAUUUUUACCUUCUGAGUGUCCAGCGGUGGAUCACUGUGUGUCUGGAGGAGAUAGAGAGCAUCGACCAGGAGGUGGAGAUCCUCAAGAAGAUGGAUGUUAUGAAGCAGUGUGCCGUGAAGCAACCCGCUCAGCCCUCCCCCCGUCCCAUCAAACCCUUCAUCCUCACCAAGGACGCUGUGCAGGCUCAGGUGUUCGGGGCCGGCUACCCCAGCCUGCCCACCAUGACGGUAGACGACUGGUACGAGCAGCACAGGAAACACGGUGCCCUGCCGGACCAGGGGGUACCGAGGAGGGUGGCUGGACAGCAGGACACUGAUGUGCAGGACAGAGAAGAAGAAGAAAAGGAGAAAAAGGCUGAAAACGAUGACGAGGAGUCUCUGCUGAAAGCCAGGAACUGGGAUGACUGGAAAGACACUCACCGCAAAGGUUACGGGAACCGCCACAACAUGGGCUAGUUCAUCCAGCAGAGCGUCCAGACCCACUGGCUCCUGUGUUCUUGUCUGUUCUGAUCAGUCCUGGACGUGGAUGAUGGUCACAUCGCUAAUCCUUCAAGUUGGUGAGUCUGAGAAGUUCACCAAACCAAGAAACAGCACAGAGCAUUGGUUCAUGGAUGAGACACUAGAGCUGAUCUGCUCACGUUACAUCUGCUAUUUCCAUUUACAGUGUUGAAUCCAACAGUCUGUAAUGUUGUGAGUCUUAUUAAAGUGUAUGAUUUGACUGAA